CAUUAUAGAAUUUUCAGUGUCUAUAAAAAGGGUUCAUCAUAGGAUUCAUUUGGCAAGUAUACUUUGCAUAGCUGCAUUGCAAUUUGCAAGCAGUGUCAAGUAUUGAGAAGCUGUUUGAGACUAAAAGAAGAGAGAAAGAAAAGAGAGAUAGAAAGAGAGAGAGAGGAAAGAGAGUAUGGGAAAUGUAGGAGAAAUAGAAGAGGUGCAAUGGUUGUCUUCAACCUCAACAAAACUGCCUUUGUUGUCUUUGAACCAUGUUUCUUUUGUCUGCAAUUCUGUGAGCAGAUCAGUGAGGUUUUAUGAGGAAGUUCUGGGGUUUGUGCUCAUCAAACGCCCCUCUUCUUUCAAGUUUGAAGGAGCUUGGUUGUUCAAUUACGGAGUUGGCAUCCAUUUGCUAGAAUCAGAGAGUGUUCCAACAAAGAAAGAGAAAAUCAACCCAAAAGACAACCAUAUUUCAUUCCAAUGCUCUGAUAUGAACCUGGUGAUGCAAAAAUUGGUAGAGAUGAACAUCGAGUACGUGACAGCAGUGGUGGAAGAAGGUGGGAUUAAAGUAGAUCAGCUGUUCUUCCACGACCCAGAUGGCUACAUGGUUGAGAUAUGCAACUGUCAGAACCUUCCCGUUCUUCCACUCUCCUCUUGCCCUCUCAAGUUACCCAAUCCUAGCAGUAACCAUGCAGUUUCUUCAAUAUAUGGGAAGCAAAGCAGGGAGACACCCUGUUCUUGGGUAGCUGCCACGAUGAUGGAGAACUUGGUGGUGGACAUGUUGGACAUAUCAUUUUGACAUCGCUGAACAGAGAUCGGAUGUUGAUGCCAUUUUGGUAAAAAAUAUGUUUAUAUUCUGCAUAAAUUGUUGGAUAGAAUGUGGGAACAAAGAUUGUAAUGUGAGUAAAAACCUGGUUGUGAGUUUUAUCCAAUCGUGAUGAUUUUGUUCUGUAUCGAAUUGUAUUUCACCAAAAAUUACAAAUUGUGAAUUCAGUGGAGUUCACAUCUGUAUCUG